CGGUUUAGAGUGUUUUUAGGAUCUGGGUGUUUCCACUUUUGGAUUUUGUUGACUUAGGCAUAGUCUAUACUCUAAUGUUCUCUCAGCUUUUUUAUCUCUUUUCCAUCAACCUUUCUUAUUUUUUUUCUUUUUAUCUACAUUACAUUUUUGCUGUUUAAUAUUUUUUCAUUUAUUGAUUAAUUCAGCAAUGGAAUCUCUGUGCAUGGCACUCAAGCCAAAUGCCAAUUGGUUUCAUGUUAGGAAAGGUGGUAGUAAUGGACGCUCUCUUUCAUGGGGUGAGAGUAUCAAAGGGGAUCUUAAACGCAGGGAUUUUGCAAGACAAUUAUGGAAGAGUUUGAGAGCUGAAAAUGGUGCCAGGAAAGCAAAGCCUGCUGUUGUUUGCUCUUCUCCAAAUCCAGAUAAUGACACUGAUCCCAUAGAAGAGCAGGCAGCCAUGUUUGAGACUCCACAAGCAGACCCAAAGCAAGUGGCUACCAUCAUACUGGGUGGCGGUGCUGGGACACGCCUCUUUCCUCUUACUAGCAAGAGAGCCAAACCAGCAGUUCCCAUUGGAGGUUGUUACAGGCUGAUUGAUGUUCCAAUUAGCAACUGUAUCAACAGUGGCAUCAAAAAGAUAUUUAUCUUAACUCAGUUCAACUCUUUUUCCCUCAAUCGUCACUUGGCAAGGACAUACACCUUUGGGAAUGGUGUAAAUUUUGGAGAUGGCUUUGUGGAAGUUUUGGCUGCCACUCAAACAUCAGGAGCAGGAGGGAAGAAAUGGUUCCAAGGAACAGCUGAUGCCGUGAGGCAAUUUAGUUGGGUCUUUGAGGAUGCCAAGGCCAAGGAUGUCCAGCAUGUUCUGAUAUUGUCCGGUGAUCAUCUGUACCGAGCAGACUACAUGGAUUUUGUGCAGAAGCAUAUUGACACAGAUGCUGAUAUCACGGUAUCUUGUUUACCAAUGGAUGAUAGCCGUGCAUCGGAUUUUGGAUUGAUGAAGAUAGAUGGAACAGGAAGGAUCGUCCAGUUUGCAGAGAAACCGAAGGGCGGCGAUCUUAAAGCUAUGCAAGGUGAUACCUCCAUAUUAGGGUUAUCAGGCAAAGAUGCUGCAAAAUAUCCUUACAUUGCAUCAAUGGGUGUGUAUGUGUUCAAAACCGAUGUAUUGUUAAAGCUUCUGACACGGAGCUAUCCAUCUUGCAAUGACUUUGGUUCGGAGAUUAUUCCGUCUGUGGUAAAGGACCACAACGUACAGGCAUAUUUAUUCAAUGACUAUUGGGAAGACAUUGGGACCAUAAAGUCCUUCUUUGAUGCCAACUUAGCUCUCACCGAUCAGCCCCCAAAGUUCGAGUUUCACGAUCCAAAAACUCCUUUCUAUACAUCUCCAAGAUUCUUGCCUCCCACGAAAGUUGAUCAAUGCAGGGUUGUUAAUGCCAUAAUUUCACAUGGUUGCUUCUUGCGGGGCUGUAUCGUACAACGCUCUAUAGUCGGGGUGCGGUCACGUUUGGAGUCUGGUGUUGAGCUUCAGGAUACCAUGAUGAUGGGAGCAGACUACUAUCAAACACAGUCAGAAAUGAUGUCUCUGCUAAAGGAAGGAAAGGUUCCUGUCGGUGUCGGACAAAACACAAAGAUCAUGAAUUGCAUAAUAGACAAGAAUGCCAAGAUAGGAAAGGAUGUGAUCAUAUCAAAUAGUGAUGGUGUUGAAGAAGCUGAGAGACCAGAGCAAGGGUUUUACAUCAGGUCUGGGAUCACAGUCAUAAUGAAGAAUGCAACAAUUAAAGAUGGAACCCGAAUAUGAAAUAUCGAAUCGGAUCGAGCUCACGAACUAAAGUUAACAGCUAUAUUCUGCUGAAUUCUUGCUGUGCUGUUUUGCAGUAAAAAUAUAUAUAGGAGUAUUGCUUUGUAUAUGUAAAGUACAAGUUCCUCUGCAAAUUCUACAUAGGAAUUCAACUGCAGUCUUUGCUUAUGUAUUUCUUCUUGAAUAGUUUAAUUCAUUUGAUAUCCAAAAACACC